GCUGAGUGUCUGCGUCAGUGGACAGUGUACUCACGCGCCGGUCUUCUUACCCCUUUUCUCCUUCCUCCUCCCAGUGCUCUCUUCACCGAGCUGAGAAACAAGUAAACAAAUCUCAGAUCAAGCCAGCAACGUAGGUUCUCCUCGCUUCAAGAUCCAAAGGGCGGUCUUCCAUUCUCGUCCCCAUCUCACCGCCUGCUCUAACGUCUAACCUAACUGCAUUUGUCCUCCCUGAUCGAUCGAUCGAUCGGUGGGGGUGGCGUGAGUGAGGUUGGUUCUCCUCGGCUGGUGGAUGGAGAGGGCUGUUCCGGAGCGCUUGGCGGGUCACCGGGUUGUUCGCGUGCAAACUCCGUUGGUUGAUUCUGUAUCAUGCUAUUGUAGAGUGGAUGCUGGUUUGAAAACAGUUGUAGGAGCUAGAAAAUUUGUUCCUGGUGCUAAGCUCUGUCUGCAACCUGAAAUUGUGCCCAAUGGAACAAAAUUGAGGAACACACACAGGCAGAGGAAUAGAAACCAGGCGCCUCUUUUGCCUGGUCUCCCAGAUGAUCUCGCCAUUGCUUGUUUGAUUCGGGUUCCUCGAGUUGAACAUCAAAACCUUCGACUAGUUUGCAAAAGAUGGAACAAACUUUUGUGUGGAAAUUACUUCUACUCUCUUAGAAAAAAGUUAGGGAUGGCAGAGGAGUGGGUCUAUGUCAUCAAGAGAGAUCGUGAUGGAAAGAUAUCCUGGCAUGCAUUUGAUCCUACUUAUCAAAUCUGGAGGUCACUUCCACCUGUUCCUGCAGAUUAUUCUGAAGCUCUUGGUUUUGGUUGUGCUGUUCUUAGUGGCUGCUACCUCUACCUAUUUGGAGGUAAAGAUCCAUCCAAGGGAUCAAUGAGGCGCGUAGUCUUCUACAAUGCACGGACAAACAAAUGGCACAGAGCUCCAGACAUGCUUCGAAGGCGCCAUUUCUUUGGUUCUUGUGUCAUCAAUAACUGUCUAUAUGUUGCUGGUGGGGAAUGUGAAGGGAACCAAAGAACUCUUCGGUCAGCUGAGGUUUAUGAUCCUAACAGAAACAGAUGGGCAUCUAUCACUGAAAUGAACACUGGAAUGAUCCCCUUUAUCGGUGUUGUUUAUGAGGGUAAAUGGUUUCUGAAAGGACUGGAUUCCCACCGGCAGGUCAUGAGUGAAGUUUAUGCACCUACUGCCAACACAUGGUCCACUGUUAGUGGUGCGAUAGUCACAGGUUGGAGAAAUCCCAGUAUUUCAUUGAAUGGAAGAAUUUAUGCAUCAGAUUGCAGGGAUGGGUGCAUGCUUAGAGUCUAUGAACCAGCAACAGACUCAUGGGAUAAGUUCAUGGACAGCAAAAAUCAUCUAGGAAAUGCUCAGGCCUUUGAGGCUGCCUCAUUUGUUUCUCUUAAUGGGAAGAUGGGUAUUAUUAGGAACAACAUGAGCAUAAGUCUUGUGGAUGUGACAGAACCAGUAAAUAUCAUAGAGACAAACAGUGCUCGUGCGUGGGAAACCCUUGCUGGCAAAGGCCAACUUAAAAAUUUGGUGGCAAAUUUAUGGUCCUCUAUUGCAGGUCGGAAUGGAGUGAAGGGUCAUAUUGUUCACUGUCAGGUGCUUCAAGCUUGAGAUCUCGCUGAACAAAUGAAAGGUGAUAUAAACCCAUUGAUUUAGGUUGUAUUACUAUCAGCUGCUUACUAAUUAAUUGACAUCUUGAAAUGGAGAAAUCUGCAACAAAGCUCUUCGUUCUCCUACCUGUGUCUGUUUUAAUGUUUCUCCCAGGAGAAAUCCUGGGUGAAGGAACAUGCUUUGUUGCACAGAAUAAGUGUUUGAACAUUAAGCUUAAGUUACUGCGAUGGCCUAAAUCUUGGAGCUGUGUGCUGCAUUAACAGAGGGAAACUAGCUGAGCUGCUGGAGCCUCAUAAAUAUACAUCCAUGGAACUAUCAAAAGGAUAGAUGACACGCAGUCUAGAGUUUACUACGCACAUAUUUCUCCCAGUGGACUUAUCUCAGGUGACGAUAUGGGUGAUUAAUGGUAAUUAUAAGUAUGACGGUAAAGUCCCUGCCUUGCAGGUGGAGCUCGCUGUCUAACGCCAUGUUCUUCUUGUCAUUUUCAAAUUGUUUAAUCUCUCCUUAAAAGUGAGCAUCAUUCUCUUGCAAGAGUAUCCAGCUAACCUCAACAUUGUACCUUUCGUUUUUGCAUCGGCUCUCUGGUUCUUUGUA